GAUGCAAAAGGCAGUUUGGGUUCUCUGUCCACCCCAGAAAAGUGCGCAAUGAAGACAGAAGUCACGGUGUUGAUUGAUGCUAUGGACUAUGAAGCAAUCCAUGUGGUCGCCUUUACAAUAGAUAAGAUCAUGGGAAAUCCGUGAGUUGCUAGUCAAAGUAAUGUGCUUUAGUUAACGUAUCAUUGUCAGAUGUAAUCUUACCAAUCAUCCUCCUUCUCAUUUCCGCUACUGUUAGUCAAAUGCUGAUGUUUGAUGCUGAAAACGCAGAAUUUUGUCCAAUCAAAAAACCAUUCACCAAGUCUACACUUCUCAUAUUUUUCGUCUAUAAUUACAUUAAUUACCGCAAAUAGCAGUCCCUUUAUCCCUCCAAAAACACACCUUGAACCUUGAACACCCGAAAGAUGGAUGUCCGGUGUGUUUUGCUUGCCACAGGAAGCUUGGUUUUGUGCUUCUCAGGCUUCGCGGCCGCAGUUGACACUGUCGAUGCAUCUCAACCGUUAAGUGAUGGUGAGACAAUAGCUUCAAGUGGGGGAACUUUUGAGCUGGGGUUUUUCAGUCCAGGCAGUUCGAGGGGCCGUUACUUGGGAAUUUGGUACAAGAACAUCCCACUUAGAACUGUUGUUUGGGUUGCAAAUAGAAGCAAUCCAAUUAACGGCUCUAGCGGCACGCUGAUGAUCAAUAGCACAGGCAAUAUAGUCCUCCUAAGCCACAACAGCAGUGUUGUUUGGUCUGCAAACACUACCGAACAGGCUGAGAAUCCAGUUCUACAGCUCUUAGAUAAUGGAAAUCUUGUGCUGAGAGAUGGCAAGAAUGACAGUUUGGAUACUCAUUUGUGGCAAAGCUUCGAUUACCCUACCGACACUUUUUUGCCAGAAAUGAAGCUUGGAUGGGACUUGAAGACCGGUCUCAAUCGGCAAUUAUCUUCCUGGAAGAGUCCAGAUGACCCAUCACCAGGAGAUUUCACUUGGGGGAUGGCCAACCGUGAUUUCCCUGACAUCGUAGCAUGGAAGGGCUCCGACAAGUACUUCAGGACCGGACCGUGGAAUGGCCUUCGUUUUAGCGGCGCGCCGCAACAAGGGUCCAAUUCCAUUUUCUGGUAUAAUUUCGUAUCCAAUGCAGAAGAAAUUUACUAUAUGUAUCAUAACACCAACAAAUCUGUGCUCGUAAGGACUGUCCUGAAUCAAACAAAUUACUUGUGGGAGCGGUCCGCGUGGAGCGAAGCGACUCAAAGCUGGAGGCUCUUCCUCACUGUUCCAAAGGACUACUGCGACACCUAUGGCAUUUGCGGUGCCUACAGCAAAUGCAUAACUAACCAGCUGCCAUAUUGCCAAUGCUUAAAAGGUUUCACACCCGAAAAUCAGGAUCAAUGGAACUCCACUGACUGGUCACAAGGAUGUGUUCGGAAUGAGCCUCUGAACUGCAGCAUCAGUGAUGGAUUCGUAAAGUAUCCUAACAUGAAAUUGCCGGACACUACUCAUUGUUUAGUGGAUAGUACCUUGAGCCUCGACAAUUGCCGGACCAAAUGCUUGGACAACUGUUCAUGUACAGCAUAUGCAAACUCAGAUAUCAGAGGACGAGGAAGCGGAUGUGCAAUGUGGUUCGGUGAUCUGAUAGAUAUGAGACAGUAUCCAGAUGCUGGGCAGGUUCUAUAUUUGCGGAUGCCAGCUUCUGAAAUAGGGAAGAGUAAUUCCAAGGUGUGGAUAGUUCUGGUAGUAGUAUCAGCAAUUGCCAUAGCUAUUGCCAUGCUAGUCGCCAUCUGUUAUGCCCACAGAAGAAGGAAAAACUUCAGAGAGUUAGCAGAAAAUAUAUCUGAAGGUCAAGAGAGUGAACACCCUGAUGAUGACUUGGACCUCCCAUUAUUCGACCUACACGCAAUUGCUGAGUCCACAAACAAUUUUUCGAUGAGGAACAAGCUAGGUGAAGGCGGUUUUGGACCUGUAUACAAGGGUAUACUUGUAGAUGGACGAGAAAUCGCUGUGAAGAGACUUUCAAGUAGCUCUAGGCAAGGACUGAGGGAGUUCAAGAAUGAGGUCAUACUAAUUGCGAAACUUCAGCACCGAAAUCUAGUAAAGCUUCUUGGUUGUUGCAUUCAGGGAGACGAAAAAAUGCUGAUCUACGAAUACAUGCCCAACAAAAGCUUGGAUGCCUUUAUUUUUGAUAAAGAGAGAAGUAAGUUAUUGGAUUGGCACAAGCGGUUCAAUAUUAUCUGCGGUGUUGCUAGGGGCCUACUUUACCUUCAUCAAGAUUCGAGGUUGAGGAUAAUCCACCGGGAUCUCAAAGCGAGUAAUGUCCUUCUUGACAACGAGAUGAAUCCAAAAAUUUCAGAUUUUGGCAUGGCUAGGAUCUUUGGAGGAGACGAGACAGAAGGAAAUACCAACAGAGUGGUUGGGACAUAUGGCUAUAUGGCACCCGAAUAUGCCAUCGAUGGGCUAUUUUCAGUUAAAUCGGAUGUGUUCAGCUUUGGCAUUUUGGUCCUCGAAACUCUAAGUGGAAAAAGGAACAGGGGAUUAUAUCAUUCGAACCACAGUCUGGUCGGCCAUGCGUGGGAGUUGUACCAAGCAGGCAAAUCUUCCGAACUGAUCGAUUCGUGCUUGGUGGAAACAUCCGAUUUAUCUCAAGUGUUACGAUGUGUUCAUAUCGGUCUCCUCUGUCUGCAAGAACAUCCCGAGGAUAGGCCUAGCAUGUCGUCUGUUGUGACAAUGUUGAGUAGUGACAACUCGCUGGCUGUGCCUCAACAACCAGGUUUCCUCGUGGAGAGGAACCCACACAGAGGAAAUUCGUCGUCUGGCGUUGACUCUUCUGUAGUCAAUGAAAUCACUUUUACACUUCUAGAGGCCCGAUGAGAAGAGGGGAACAUGUCACAGUUUUGCAUUUUUCUGACUUGUGUAGUUCAUUAAUGUGCAUUAUGACUUCUUCAGAAUUCUUGUUAUCAUUUGAGCCUGUGCCACCGUAAAUGGUUUGUAUGUGUCACACUUGACAAACUGGUGAUAGGACAUAAACCUGAUAGUUUACAUUAGAUCUAUUAAAGAAAAUGAUCAGCUUUUAAGACUUUGAUAAUGAUUCAACAGUUUCAUCAUGCAACUCAA